AUGACCGGCAUACCAUCUUUGAGAAUGCUUCUAGCACCUUCAAAGUGCAAAAACCAUGCUUCAAGACCGAUCGGGUGCCCCAAUGAUGAAAGCCUCUUACUGGACUGGAUCCAAGUAAACAGUCGCCUUUGGGUUGUGCGGUUGUCUGGCUCAAUUAGGAUCAACGCAGGUCGUCGCGGUACAUGUUGUGUAUUUGCCACAUCACCUAACGUCCCAGUAGACUGCACUUCUGAGACUGAGAAAGAUUUAUCACGACUGCUUCGAUCAGCAUGA